UCCUCCUCCUCCUCCUCCUCCUCGAGUGACACCUUCGAGGAACUGAGGCAGUCGCUAAACGCUGGGCAAAGUGUUCUCUCCUCUGACCUUGAGAUCUUGAGAAAAAUCGAGGAGGAACAUUUGGGAAGAUGCCCCCGACUGAAAAGUCUCUUAAAAGGGUUGAGGGAUACGUACGACAAAGUCUUCCCGUUAUAUGAGGCAAUUUCCGACGGACUGACCGAACUGAAGGAAAAAACGACUAGCUGUGGGGAAGGGAAGAUAGUCGAACUGAGGAACUCCUGCAGCAUAGGGACGUUCAGAUGCAGUGGCAGUGGGUCAUGUAUCCUGAGUGCGUGGGUAUGCGACGGCGAAAUCGACUGUGAUGAUGGUAGUGACGAAGCCAACUGUGCUCCGACCCCACAAUACACGACCUCCACAAUGCCCUCGACAACCGAGGAGCCUUGUGAAGACGGCCAAUUCCGGUGCGCCAAAAUCAGAGAGUGCAUCCCCGAACUCUGGCGCUGUGACGGCGCAAUGGACUGCUCUGACGGAAGUGACGAGGAGACAUGUGCGCAGAUCGUCUGCAGUGAGACGGAAUUCAGGUGUCCCGGCGGCAAAUGCAUUUCGCAGGAGAGGCGCUGCGAUGGCGACUGGGACUGCGCAGAUGGAGGCGACGAGGAAGGGUGUCCUCUGAAAGUCUGCGCUGAGGACGAGUUCCGGUGCGUCACAAGCGGCAGCUGCGUCUCGGCCGCCUGGCGCUGCGACGGCGACAGGGACUGCGCUGACGGAAGUGACGAGGAAGAGUGUCAAGUGCAGGACGGAUGCAAGGAAAACGAGUUCCAGUGCAAUGAAGGAGGUGACUGUGUAUCCCAAGACUGGCGAUGCGACGGCGACAGAGAUUGCAAGGAUGGCAGCGAUGAGCAGGGAUGCCCGUCGAAAACCUGCAGCGCGUCCGAGUUCCAGUGCAAGUCGUCUGGCACCUGUGUUCCCCAAGGCUGGCACUGCGACGGCGAGACCGAUUGCAGGGACGGCAGCGACGAGGAAGGAUGUGAUCAGAGGUCUUGCCGAGAGUUCGCGUGCUCCUCUGGUGGCCAGUGCAUCUCAAGACAGUGGGUGUGUGACGGUGACAAGGACUGUACAGAUGGCAGCGACGAGAAAGACUGUGACGCCACGCAAUCGUCAACCCAGUCGUCAACCCAGUCGUCAACCCAGUCAUCAACCCAAGCAUCAACUUUGUCUUCGACUUUGUCACCAAGAUCACCUAAGGAGUGUCAGCAAAACGAAUUCAGAUGUUCUUCCGGAAAUCAAUGCAUCCGUCGCUGGUGGGUUUGCGACGGAGAGAGAGACUGUGAUGACGGUAGUGAUGAGGACAACUGUGAUGCCACGUCUUCGUCAACUGUCAGCUCAACUACGUCAUUCACAACAUCGACUUCAACUCCAGCUUCUAUCCUGAGACUGACUCGACAACUCUCACAGGUGAUUUGCCAAGAUAACGAGGUCAGCUGUCGGUCAGGCACACAGUGCAUCCGGAAGUGGUGGCUUUGUGAUGACGAGGAGGACUGUGAUGACGGCAGCGAUGAAGAGGGCUGUGGCGUGACAUCAUCAUCAACUGCACCGUCAACUACGCCGUCAACAGCCUCAUCAACAUCAACUGCGUCGCCGUGUGGGUCUGACCAGGUCCGGUGUCGCCUAGGGGGCUGCAUCCUGUCCUUCUGGCGCUGCGACGGCGAGCGGGACUGCUUCGACGGAUCCGACGAGGAAGACUGCGAUUCGCUGCAGUGCAAUCAGAACGAGUUUCGGUGCGACAUCGACAGCAGAUGCAUCCGCGCGACUUGGGUCUGCGACGGCGACCGCGACUGCUCCGACGGCAGCGACGAGGCCGAAUGCUCCACGAAGGGGCCCCUGCCGGCGGCCACGAGUCCUUGCAAGCCGAAUCCUUGCAGUCACAUUUGCAUCCCUGACUCCGUUAUGCCCAAGGGAUUCUCGUGUCUGUGUCCCUCCGGCUACAAGAUGCUCCUCGAUGAAGACAAGUGCGUCCCCAGCGAUGAACAGUUCGAUGAAUACGUGCAUAACAUGCUGUCGAAGUUCCCAGUCCAGUCGCUUGAUUAAUGUGAAGGAUAUACAGGCAUGUACAUAAUGCACAUAGACACAUGUUCAUACGUACUCAGACACAAACUUAUACACGCUUAUACAUGCAUACAUACUCACACACACACACACAUACACACACACA